UGGAUAUAAAACAGGGAUUUGGGUGCACUGACAGCAUCACACUGCAGCCAUGAGGUCUCUGGUUUUCAUUCUGCUCAUCGGAGUUGCUUUUGCCACGGACGAUGACAAGAUCGUCGGUGGGUAUGAGUGUACGCCUCAUUCCCAGCCUCAUCAGGUGUCCCUGAAUGUUGGGUACCACUUCUGUGGUGGCUCCCUGCUCAACAAGGACUGGGUUGUGUCUGCUGCUCACUGCUACAAAUCGCGUCUUGAGGUGCGUAUGGGAGAGCACCACAUCAGACAGAAUGAGAACACCGAGCAGUUUGUUAGCUCUUCUAGAGUCAUCAGACACCCCAAUUACAACUCCUAUAGCCUCGUGCAUGACAUUAUGCUGAUCAAGCUGAGCAAGCCUGCCGUCUUCAACCAGAAUGUGCAGCCUGUGGCUCUGCCCGAAAGCUGUGCCCCCGCUGGCACCAUGUGCUUAGUCUCUGGCUGGGGCAAUACCAUGAACCCCGCGGCUGACGGGGACAGGCUGCAGUGUGUGAACGUCCCCAUCCUGUCUGACGCGGACUGCAACAAUUCCUAUCCUGGCAUGAUUGAGUUCACUAUGUUCUGCGCUGGAUACCUGGAGGGAGGAAAGGACUCCUGCCAGGGUGACUCUGGUGGCCCUGUUGUGUGUAAUGGUGAGCUUCAGGGUAUUGUGUCCUGGGGCUAUGGAUGUGCUGAGCAGAACUAUCCUGGUGUCUACACAAAGGUCUGUGUAGAGACUGAGUGGCUGAAGCAGACGAUGGCGAACAAUUAAUACCAUCCUUCAGCCUCCACAUCAGACAGACAACUCAACAUUUUUGACUGUUCACAUACCAUCAUUUGUACCACGGAGGAUGAAGUAUAACAAAUAAAGUGUUUGAAAUGAAGUACUA